UUCUGUGGUUGUCCGUCUUGAAUUGAAUUUAAAAAUUUACAUUUUAAGCACAAUAUAAUCAAUAUAUUCAAUAUAUAUUAACGUAAAGAGAAAAAACUACAGUUGGGCGCAUGAAUGGCUAGUUUGAAACAACUAAAAGGGUUGCCAUUCCUUCUCUCAGAUUUUUAUUUUGUUCCCUAUGUGCAGCUACUUAAACAAUCCAUCAUGAAACGCACAAAGACUUCAAAAGCAGGACCGCCCAAGAAGGCCGCUAAAAAGGAGACUCCCAAAUCAGAAGAGAGUGAUCAGGAAUCGAGUGGAAGUAGCCAGUUGGAGGCUUCAACUUCAAAAACCCUACUCUUGAAGCCGGAAUACAAGAACUUGGAGCAGUUUCUCACCCACUGCGAACAUCAGCGAACCUCCACAGCGGCAAGCAUUAAGGAAUUUAAUUUUUUGAAGAAGAGGGUGCGGGUUCUCUCAAAGAACGGUGAUGUAGGGGAUUCCUGUGAAGGAGGUGUCGUUUACUGGAUGUCCCGCGAUGGCCGUGUCCAGGACAAUUGGGCCUUGCUGUUUGCCCAGCGCCUGGCUCUUAAAUUGGAGCUGCCUCUGGCUGUGGUGUUUUGUUUGGUACCGAAGUUUCUGAACGCCACCAUUCGACACUACAAAUUCAUGAUGGGCGGUCUGCAGGAGGUAGAGCAGCAGUGUCGCGAGCUGGAUAUACCCUUUCACCUAUUACUGGGCCCUGCUGUGGAUCGCCUACCUGAUUUCGUAAAAUCUCGGAAAGUGGGCGCCGUGAUAUGCGAUUUUGCGCCUCUUAGAGUGCCCCGAAAAUGGGUCGAAGAUGUGGGAAAGGCUCUACCGAAAACAGUUCCAUUGGUUCAGGUGGACGCACAUAACGUAGUGCCCGUUUGGGUGGCCUCUGACAAGCAGGAGUAUGCUGCUCGCACCAUUCGGAACAAAAUAAACUCCAAGUUGAGUGAGUACCUGACCGAAUUUCCACCCGUAAUUAAGCAUCCGCAUGGGACUGGCUGCCGAAAAGUUGAUCCUGUGGAUUGGACAGCUGCCUAUGAAAUGUUAGAAUGCGACAAGACUGUCGACGAAGUGGAUUGGGCAAAGCCGGGCUAUAAGGCUGCUUGCAAGCAACUGUACGAGUUCUGCAGCCGCCGCCUUCGAAUUUUCAAUGACAAACGCAACGAUCCCAUUGCUGAUGCAAUCUCUGGACUUUCACCAUGGCUACAUUUUGGCCAGAUAUCGGCCCAGCGAUGUGCCCUAGAAGUACAGCGUUUCCGGGGCCAGCACAAAGCAUCGGCAGAAGCCUUCUGUGAGGAGGCCAUCGUGCGGAGGGAGCUCGCAGAUAACUUCUGUUAUUACAACGAACACUAUGAUAGUUUGAAAGGGCUGAGUUCAUGGGCGUAUGAGACCUUGAAUGCCCAUCGGAAGGAUAAAAGGGAUCCAUGCUACUCCCUUGAUGAAAUGGAAAAGGCCCUCACAUACGACGACCUGUGGAAUUCGGCUCAACUACAACUAGUACGUGAGGGCAAAAUGCACGGAUUCCUGCGCAUGUACUGGGCUAAAAAGAUCCUCGAGUGGAGCGAGACUCCUGAGCAGGCCCUGGAGUACGCCAUUCUACUUAAUGAUAAGUACAGUCUGGACGGACGAGACCCCAAUGGUUAUGUGGGGUGCAUGUGGUCCAUCGGGGGAAUCCAUGACAUGGGAUGGAAGGAACGAUCCAUCUUUGGAAAGAUACGCUACAUGAACUAUCAAGGCUGUCGACGUAAAUUCGAUGUAAACGCCUUCGUUAUACGCUACGGCGGCAAAGUGCAUAAGAAAAAGAAGGAAUAAAUAUUUAUGUUUUGCCUUAGUUUUGAAUGCAA